AUGGAAUACACAACCAAGACACAGAUCUACCAGAAGGUGAAGAAGCCGCUGUUGGAGCGUCAGCGUCGUGCGCGCAUCAACAAGUGCCUGGACACGCUAAAGACACUUGUCGCCGAGCUGCGCGGCGACGAUGGCAUACUGCGCAUGGACAAGGCCGAGAUGCUCGAAUCAGCUGUCGUAUUCAUGCGUCAACAAAAGACAGGCAAAUCAACAGAAACACCAGCAGCAGCAACACCACCCAUGCCAUUGGAGAGCUUCCGUAAUGGUUAUAUGAAUGCCGUCAAUGAGGUGUCACGUGUUAUGGCAUCCACACCUGGCAUGAGUGUUGAUCUGGGUAAAUCGGUGAUGUCGCAUCUGGGCCGCGUCUACAAGAAUUUACAGCAGUUCCAUGAGGCACAAACAAUGUCCGAGUCGGAGGCGGCAACCGAAUUGAGCAUCAACUGCAACUCGGCGCCUCUCAGCCCCGCCUCAUCGGGAUAUCACAGUGAUUGCGAGAGUCCUGCCCCAUCGCCGAUGCCAGAAGAGGGCGAGAAACUAUGGCGCCCCUGGUAA